UUCAAGUAAGGUUAAUACCUAUUUGGCCGAUCAAUCUUAAUUCUGGUUAUUAGUGUGUAUUAUAUAUAGCAUGUGCCAAAAAUCCUUUCAAUAUGUCAUAAAACAAAACAAAAAACAUCUCAAACGACAGAAGAAAAAAAAAGUGGGGGAACUUUUAAUCAGAACAAAAACAAAAUGUCUUUUGACGAAAAGAGGAAAGAACUUAUAAGCAAAAAGUGUGCAUCAAACACUGUUGAUAUUUUACCUACACUUGCCUCAUUAGCUAAAUUAUUUAAACAUCAAACGCAGAUAAGUGGAGUAAAAAUGACUAAGUCGUAAUAACUGAAACAGACAAAUUAAAUCUAUUAAAAUUCGUUACAUUAAUUUUGCAGAUUUUCAAGAAAAUACCUUUGUAAGCAACUCAAGUAUAAUCAGCUGUGCCGGCAACACAACAAUCACAAUAGUCGAUUUAAAUGUGGAGCAAUAUCCAACACCAUGCUCAGAAUACAAGCAGUGUAAUCUGACAGAAGAACAGAAGACUCUCAUUAAAAUGAGUUGUAAUAAAGAAACAUCCUGCACUAUCUCAACGAUUAUUCCAAAUACAUGUCUGUUCAAAAAUUAUGGACACGUAUCUAUUUCAUAUUCAUGCACAAGAAUUAUUAACGGUAGUUGUACUUUCGAAAAUGAUCUGUGUGGUUGGUCAGUCAGUAGUAAUGGAACUUACCAGUGGAUACAUCGACGCGGACAAACUCCUGAAUCUUCUACAGGACCAGACAGAGAUCACACAACUGCGUCUGGAGAUGGUUACUACAUGUAUGCUUACACGAAUUCUGAAUGGGGCUCUCAACCAAAAGAGGAAAGUGAUCUGUUUUCUGGUUGGAUAGGAUCGAAUCCAAAGCAGUGUUUGACAUUUUGGUAUCACAUGUAUGGGGAACAAAUCAACACAUUGAAAGUAUUUCAAAUGGAUAAUGAAAGUACUAUUGAACUGUGGAAGAAAUCAGCUUAUCAAGGAAACAAAUGGUAUUUUCAGUCGCUGUCAUUGAAUGAUAUAGGGCUAUAUCGAAUAAAGUUUAAAGCCAUUCGUGGUAACGGAAGUAAAGUUGAAAUCGCUAUUGACGACAUCUCCAUUACCAACACCGAUUGCAAGAAAGUUUCUAGCCUUGAUUGCAACUUUGAAGGAGAACCUUGUAAUUGGAAUGUAGUGCAGGAAUCUGAAUAUAUGUGGACUGUUAUUUCUGGCGGAACUCAUCCUAAUGAUACCGGACCGGAGGCUGAUCAUACAGACGGAUUUUAUGAUGGAAAUUACAUAUACCUCAACGCUUCAAAAAUAGAGCCAGGGCAGAAAUCAAAUUUUACAAGUGUGACUGUGUCUUCGGAUGGUGAUGCCUGUUUUACUUUCUGGUUCCAUAUGUAUGGAGACGGAAUCGGAACGUUAAAUGUUUACCUCGUAUCAGAGACAAUGACGCAAAAACUAUGGUCAAGAUCAGGAAAUAAACCAGAUUUAUGGCAGUUAGCAUUCGUUGAUAUUUCAAUAUUAGAUCCAUACCAAAUGACGUUAGAAGGGGUUCGGGGUUCAACGAAAAAAAGUGAUAUAGCAGUAGAUGAUAUUUCACUGCUGCCCGGGUCGUGUGAUAAAAAAGCUUUCUUCUUGGACUGUAACUUUGAAUCAGAAAAAUGUAAUUGGUUGGCAAGUUCUAACACGACAUACAUUUGGACAACAAAUAAAGCAGGGGACAGUACGAAGAGACCGGAUCAUGACCACACCAUUGGAACCGUUGAUGGACACUACAUGUACCUUGACGGUUUAGAUAUACCAGUGGGUACGAAGUCUAAAUUGACCAGUACCAUUAUCAACCCUGAUGGUGAUAUUUGUUUUACUUUCUGGUAUCAUAUGUAUAAAGAAUACAUAGGUACAUUAAGUGUUUACACAGAAUCAAGAAACACCAUUCAGAUGCAUUGGUCACAGUCCGAACAAAAAAACACGUGGACAUUUGCUAAUUUUACCAUUUCUAAAUCAGAACCGUACAGGAUUAUAUUUGAAGUGGUUCGAGGAAACGGUUUUUUUGGUGUUAUAGCAUUAGAUGAUGUUUCACUACUUGAGAGUUCGUGUUCAGGUUUGAUAAAAACUUCACAGAAAUGCCAUAACAUUGAUGAAUCUAUAUCGCUUCACGAAUGUUCAAAAUAUUAUCUACAACUUAAUGACACAUCUUUAGUAUUUGAUCGAGAAUUUGACAACUGUUCAGCCGUAUACCAGGAUGUCCAAACAUCAAUAACUACAUUAUGUAACGAUAUGAAGAAUUCAGACAUUUGCGCCUUCGAUCUUCCGGAAUUAAUUAUGGAAGACCAAAGAUGUUUUCAAUCAAACUGGCUUUCGGUCGAGUACAAAUGUGAAGCUGAGGUAACUUCUACAGUUUCGUCAGCAGCUACCGCCAGUAAAGGUUUAAGUGAAGCUGAGGAAACUACAGUUGCAUCAGAUACUACCUCAAGAGACGAUUCAAGUGCAGAAACAACAGUUCCUUUGAUGUUAACAUCAGAAGCUCUAUCGCAAGCUGCAGAAACAACAGUUCCUUUACUAUCGACAUCAGAAGCCGUAUCGCAAGGUCUAAUUGCCGGAUUAGUUAUUGGUUCAUUCGUGUUAGUGUUCAUUGCAGCUGUGAUUUUUUUAAUCAGAAGGUUUUUAUUAGAGAAGAACAAUUUAGAAAAGGUUGACAAUCUUCAAGGAAAUGACUAUACCGGAAAUCAAACAAUAGCUCUACAACAGUCUUCGAGUCCACCACAUUAUGAAAUUGUUCAAAAUACAAAUAACCAAUAUGAUUUUACGAAUAUAGCUAUGACUAACUCUAAUGAAUAUAUAAACAAUGUAGAAAACGACGACGAACGCCAACAUAUUGCACCUCUUGAAGAUAAAACCCAAGGAAAAUAUGAAACCAAAGGCAAUCAAUAUGAGGUUAUUGAUCCUACAGCCAUAACAAGCUUUUGUCAUUCAAAGGAAGAUACACCCAGAUUAACAGAAAAUUAUACAGUUUUAGAUCAGAAGGCAACCGGAUUUGACCAGUCAAAAAUGACCGACAAAAAUCAGUCUUAUGAGCUUUCUAAACCAAUCAAUGCAGAAAACGAUCAUUAUGUUAUGUCUAAAGAAGGAACACACGCCUGUGCUGGUUGUCAUUCAAAAGAUGAUGAAACUCAGGUAACAGAAAACGACGAUGAACGCAAACAUAUUGCACCUCAUGAAGAUAAAACCCAAGGAAAAUAUGAAACCAAAGGCAAUCAAUAUGAGGAAAUUGAUCCUACAGCAAUAACAAGCUUUUGUCAUUCAAAAGAAGAUACACCCAGGGUAACAGAAAAUUAUACAGUUUUAGAUCCCAAGGAAACCGGAUUUGACCGGUCAAAAAUGUCCGACAAAAACCAGUCUUAUGAGCUAGCUAAACCAAUCAGUCCAGAAAAUGCUCAGUAUGUUAUGUCUAAAGAGGGAAAAUACGACUGUGCUAGUAGAAACAAUCAUAAGGAAUUGGAGAAUAUUUAUAACCAUGCUGUUGAUAAUGUUUAUGAUUCUGGAAGUUACAAAAGAAAAGAUUUUGGGACUGCAGACACAUACGAUCAUUUUGUCGGGCAGAAAAACGGGAGAUGACUAUCAUAUACAUAUAAAAACCUAAUUAACAUUGUAGUUUUCCAAGGUAUAAUUUUAAAUAUGGUUUCAUUUAACCAUAACUUUCAUAUACUAAAUACAGUAUUUUUAAAAAAGUAAAAGUAUAAUUUUGUAAUUAAUUAAACAUGUUAAAUGCUGAUAAAUUGAAGGCAAUAUAACUUAUUAUUAUUCUAAAUAUGAACGAUCAUUGAUAAUCACGGUCUAUCGUAGAAACAAUUAAAUAUACUUAAUCAUGUUGUGUCAUUAUUGAUUGUUUUGACUAACAUUUUAACAUUUCUGUAAUAACUGUGUUCUUUAUAAGGUCUUAGGUCAAAAGUGUUUCCUUAAUUGGAAAUUCUCGCUAUAAUUUCAUAUAAAAACACACUUUUAAUAAAACUUCUACACUAAAUAUAUUUCUUGUCAUAAUUGCACACAAAAAAAUCAUUGAAUACAGAAAUAUCUGCAGUUUCUUGCAAUUAUUAUGAAAUAUGUUUAUAAUUCAUAUUGUUAGGGAAAUCACUGUUUAAAUAAAAAUAUGAAUUUCUGCACGAAAAAUUCAUAUGGCUAUAUAGGGACAAAAUACACUUGAUUUCAAAACUUGUAUACAAAUAAUGAUUUCUUAGUGAUGAUAUGUCAGAAAAACAUUUAAAAAUAACCAAAACACACUGUACACAUUUAUGAGUUUAACAUUUAAUUUAGGAAAUAUGUGUUCUUAUAUGAAAUAAUAAGGGAAUUUGUAAUAGGUGAAACACUUUUGACCUAAGACUGUAUUUCAGUUAUUACUAUCAAAGCAGAAACAUUGUACUCCUACAUAGGCCUAAAUUAAGAAAAGGCAUUACAUUUCUUGUUACAAAGUAGAUCGGUCAAACACUCGUGUUUUGUAUUAAGAACAAGAAAUAUUCACCUUUACCUUUUUCAGCUUUUUUAUGUACUUGUCCAAUUCUGACUAAUUAUAUAUUAACUAAAAAUUGGGAUAUCUUUGUGUUAUCAUUCAUAUAUGCUUUAAAGUUAAACUGGUUUCCAGAUCUACAAUAAUUAUGUACUUUGUUCCGUAUUGACUUUACACAUAGUUGUUUUGACUAGACAUUUUGGUAGUUGUAUUCGAAAUCAAGAAUGUGACUAUUUAUACAUUUAAUUUGCUUUCUAAUUUUAUUUGAACUUAAAAUUUAUUUUAAAACAUUUGUUAUUUAUUUUGUAUUAUAUGUCUGGUUUUGUGUUUUUGUUUUUGUUUUUCUUGGUUUAAUUUGUGUCAUGUCAAAUUAAUAAAUAAUUCAAUGACAGUAUAAAAUAAUAAAUUUUUAAUUACAGAA